AGAGAAAGCAGUCAUGUGUGUCGACACAAGCUUACCGUGCAAAUGUCUGACAAGUGACAAUCCUUGUGAACCAUGCAGGAUGACGGUCAAAGACACGGAAACGGAGGAGGCCCACCUGUCCAACAACAUAAAUGCAGGUCAAACGGAGAGUGCGAGUGAACCUGACCUGAACAACUCGUCUACUGAGGUUGUUAGGGAACGAGGCAGAAACUGGGGAUGGAUGCUGUCUGGGAUCAUCUGUGUAAACAUUUUGAUCCUGGGCUGUGCCUUGGUCAGCGGCAGUGCUUACAACAAUGUCAAAAUCAGCACCCCUGACCUGCAAGUUUUCCUCAUCAUCAUCCUCCUGCUCACCUCCAUCUGGAUGGUUUAUUAUGUCAUCUACACAGCCAGGAUGGAAAAUGCUGUCAUUUACAAGGAUGACCAUGCUGGACCUGUAUGGCUCAGGGGAGGACUUGUGCUAUUUGGACUCCUCAGUAUUAUCAUGGACAUUUUCAAGAUAGCGAGCUACGUGGGAUACCUCCACUGUGAUUCUGCUGUAAAGGUCGCAUUCCCUGUGGUGCAGCUUGUUUUUAUACUUAUACAGACAUAUUUUUUGUGGGUCCAUGCCAAAGACUGUGUACAGCUACAACGGAAUAUUUCACGCUGCGGACUGAUGCUUACCCUUUCCACAAAUCUAGUUUUAUGGAUGACUAAUGUCACAGAGGAGUCUCUUCACCAAACAGAUCUUCCUGACUAUCCGGGCAACACUACCAAACUGUCUGGAAGACACCUAUACAUAACCAAAGCGGGUUAUGGAGACGAUAAGUGCAAGUGCAGCCACACUUCAUGCAGCAUGUUCAAGGAGGCCUACUACUACCUGUACCCUUUCAACAUCGAGUACAGCCUGUUUGCCUCCGCCAUGGCCUACGUCAUGUGGAAAAACGUAGGCCGAGUAGCGGCCGAGCACAGCCACCACAACAUCAAAUUCAGUCUCAGGGAUAUAUUUCUCGGUCCUGUUUUUGGAGUCCUCUUAGUGUUCACUGGUCUGGCAACAUUUAUUGUAUACGAGAUGGAGAUGAAAAAGGACCAUGAUGCCAGCAAGAAAGACCAAGCAGUGAUGAUGCACUUUGUCAUGAAUAUCGUCAUCGUGACCCUGAUGUCUGUGUCCUCUGUGAUUGGCUGUGCCAUCUACAGGGUAGAUCACAGAGAGCAUGUGUCAGAGAAAAACCCCACACGCAGCCUGGAUGUGGGGCUGCUGGUGGGAGCCUCAUUGGGACAGUUCAUCAUCAGCUACUUCAGUAUCGUAGCUAUGGUAGCAACUGGAGCCAAAGGAUACCUGAAUGGGCUAAACUUGGCCUGGUCUAUACUGAUGGUGAUCCAGCUUGGCCUACAGAACUUUUUCAUAAUUGAAGGUCUGCAUCGAGAGCCCUUCCAUGAAGUAGAACCAGUCGCUGUCGUUCCAAACCCCUAUGUGCUGGAGCCGAGCCAAGAUCUCAGCAUCCUUGAAGUACAAGUCACGGACGGAAAACCCAACUCCGAGCUCACAGCGCAUGGCCACACUGCUGAGCACAGACACAAGCUGGCAUGGAAGCGACGAGUGUUGAAGGAAGUCUGUGUAUUUCUUCUGAUGGGCAACAUCAUACUGUGGAUCAUGCCUGCAUUCGGUGCACGUCCCCAGUUUGACCACGACACUGAAACGGAAUUCUACAAAUUCAACAUGUGGGCUGCCGUUGUGAAUAUCGGACUUCCUUUUGGCAUCUUUUACAGAAUGCAUUCAGUUGCCAGUCUGUUUGAGGUGUUUCUGUGCUCAUAAUGCAGAAGCAUACAAUGAGUACUGCUAACUGUUCUAACUUUGUAAAACUUAUUUUGUAUAAACUGUUGUUUCUUAGAUGAUUUAUUCCUGUACAGAUAUGUGAAACAGAAUUUUAAUAACAAAUGUUCUGACUUUGUUGUCUCUCAUAUGUAGCAUGAAUGUGUGACAAUAGUAUUUUUGAAAAUCACAAAACUAUUUAAUUGUGUAGUUGAGUUUGUAUGACUUGAGUUUCACUUCAGACUGUGUAUGCACAAAAUAAA